AUGGGGACUGUUGAGGAAACUUUAAAGUGUCCCGUGUGCCAGGACUUCUUCACGGAUCCUGUGACGCUGCCAUGCAGACAUGACUUCUGUCUCACCUGUAUCCAGGCUGUCUGGGAAACAGAUGGGUCUGAUGUGGGUCCUUUCUUCUGUCCUGAGUGUCAGAUUUUCCUCCAGUCUGACCUCACUCUGGAGGUAAACACCAGCCUUCAGGCGAAAGUAAAGGACUUCACCACUAACAGGCCGUCAACAGCAGAGCUACAGACAGCAACACCAAGCAGGGAAUCAUCUUCCACUGUCCUCUGUGACCACUGCAUAGAGACAUCAUCAGUGGCAAUAAGGACGUGUCUGACCUGUGAUGCGUCUCUGUGCCAGGCUCACGCCCUGCUGCACCAGCAGAGGUCUGCUCUGAGGGAGCACACACUUGUGGAGGUGACGGGGGAUCCGCUGUCUCUGAAGUGCAGGGAGCACCGUGAUGAGCUCAAGCUCUUCUGUAUGGAGGACAGGGUCCCUGUGUGUUGUCUCUGUGUCCUGGUUGGCACGCACAAGAACCACAGGGCGUCUCAACUCCAUGACGCCUGCAAAGACUUCAAGAGCAUGUUAGAGACCACCAUGAAUCAACUGCUGAAGAGGAGAAGUGAAGCAGAACAUGCCAUCAAGGACUUGGAGACGUUGUAUACACAAACAGUGAAGUCUGCUGCAGAUUUCCGUGAAAAAAUCUCAGACAAGUACAGCAGGAUCCGUGUCGUGCUGGAUGGUGACGAGCGUCUGAUGAUGCAAAUUAUAGACGCAGAGGAGUCAUAUAUGACAGAGUGGCUGGAGGCCCAGAGGGGCAUCAUGGAGACUCAGAUCAAACAGAUCGACAGUCUCAGAGCCUCCAGCAAAUCACUUCUCCAAGAAACAAAUGAGCUGCAAUUCCUACAGCAAAUCACAGCACUGAAUCUUUGCGACCCUUUGGAUUUAGCACCAAUCCAAGAAGUAGACAAAGAUCUGUGUGACCUUGAGAAGCUGAGAACAGUAGAGCGGCUGGUGGAUGACCUCUCAGUGGCUCUCUCCCAACACUUUCCCCGAAUGUGGUCAAAUCUAAGUUGUCCAGCUCUGGAUUCCAAGUCAGCGCAUCCGAAACUGGAAAUAUCCCAGGACAAGAAACAGGUGUACUGGAGAAGGGAGCCUGUCAGUGACGCUCCGAGUCCUCGGCCAUAUGACUCCCAGUACAGUGUUCUGGCUCAGGAGAGUUUUACUAGCGGCCGGCACUACUGGGAGGUCAUCGUCCAGGAGAAACCAUACUGGCUAAUGGGUGUGACUACUGGGUCAGCUGAUAAAAAAGACAGUCCAAGUCAGACUUCCUCCAGUGUGAGUGUGAACAACACAUCCUGGUGCAUCUACCAUGGAGAUGGACAGUACUUGGCAUGUCAUGAUACCCAGGAGAAGCAGCUGUCAGUGGGAAAGAGAGUCAAGAAACUGGGCAUACUGGCAAAUCUCCAGAAGGGGGAGCUGUCAUUCUACGAUGCUGACACUACCACUCUGCUGCACUCUUUCUGCAUGCAGUGCACGGAGCCUCUCUAUCCCAUGUUUAACCCAUGCAUUGAUGUGAACGGACUCAACAAGCAGCCACUUACUUUGUUUUGGAUUAAGGACCCCUGGGACUGGCAUGUAAACGAAGACGAGGUUAAAAAGUGA